UGUUUGGCGCUAGUACGUUCCGCCGACAGAGCCGAUCGCAAGUUAAAGCAAGCCCAGGCCAACGUGGCAUCGCUAAUCAAUCCACCUGCUAGCUUGUGUUCUUGUUGAGGCUAGCUUGCAAGUGCGGGUUGCUCCGGGUGGAUUUGUUCUAGCGUUCAAAAACCAACAAAACUAAAGCGGAGAUGAUCGGUCGCCACGCCGAAGAGGAGGAGGAGCAGGAGCAGGUGUAUGGGAUGCCCCAAAAAUCACUUGACGAGUCGCACAUGGAUCAUCUCCAAGACGAGAUGAAGAAAUUGCUGCGAUCUUCCUCGACCAACGAGAGGGAUGCAGUGAGAUCCUGGCUCAAGUCUGAGCGCUGCCUGCGCGCACUCUCCCAGCUACAGUCUAUCUCCGCACGCAUCGAUGAUCUCCGCAGGUCGAACCCAGGCCUCGAUCAUGAACUGAAAUUGAUGCUGAGACCUUCUAAGCAUGAAUCAGACUCCGCGGAGGAGGAGGGGCUGUUCGCUGCCCGCCGUAGCAUGUGGGAAUUGAUCAACGCCAACAAGUUUGAGGAAUUGACAUCACUGACUUCCAUGCUCUUUACAAGCUGCACACCUGGACGCAUGCCAUGGUACGCUGUUGACCAACUGAGCUUGCAGAUCUACUCAAUCAAGAUUACAGAAAUUACUGAUCUCGAGUGGCCACUAGUGGUUUAUGGAAUUGUUGCAGCCCGAGACACCGUGGACAGCUGCCGAAACCCUCUGUUCCUUUGUCCAAGAGAUGAGUGGCAGUGCAUCACUCAACAGGAUCCCUUUUUGCGCUUGACUGGCCCAACUCGUGCAAUUUUGUGUGAAGACACUGUUUCUUUUGAAAUCCAACUAAAAUUAAAGGGCAGAGCAGAGUCUGAAGAUAGAACAUUCAUCAGUGAUAUAUUGUCUCAUGAUGCGAAUGCUGGUGGUCGGUUUUCUACCCUGAAUGUCAGCAACCACUUUUGCAAGAUGGAGCUUUGCGUUGAGCGAUUUAAGGGGUCAGUCCAGGCAACUAUCUUGGAUGUUCAUAUCGUUGAACAUGGAUCACCGCCUUUUCCACAUGGCGGCCGAGUUGUCUGCUCCUCGCUGCCUCGUGGUGUACAUGAAGUCAAUUGGCCCUCAUCUAGGCAAAUUGUGUUGCUUGAUUCAGCUGAUGGGAGAAGGUUUACAGAUGAGCAUGGUUAUAUUGAUCUGCAGAGGAAUGUUGUUUCUGCUGAAUUAAGAGGAGAAUUGAUUGUUUGUAUCAAGGCCUACUCGUCAUGUGGUGACAUAUGUGGUGAUGUUCAUUUUACACCCAAGAAGUGCAAUUUUAGUAAAGAGAGAAUUGUCCUUGGGGAGAUGGAGGUCGAGGUUACAGUGGCUUGGUCUCUAAUGGUUGACGAUGAUGUGACUAUCCAGGCAAGUGGCCAUGUGGACCCAUUUGGGAUGUGUCCAGCUCUACACCCCUCUCUGUUGAGAGAAAUGGAUUGGUCUGUUUAUUAGUCUUUGGUAGGAUUUGUAUUAUGUUAUCUAAACCUCUGGCCUAUGUUGCAUUCUAAGCUUGUCUGCAACUAGCACUUCUAUCUGGAGACAAAUAACUGGCCUACUUAUGCACGUACGGUUGUUAUAUCUUAACUGCUUUAUUGUUUCUUGGA